GAGCGCAGAGGUGCCGCCGCCGCCGCCGCCGCGAUGUGACCUUCAGAGCCGCCCGCACGGGAUGACCGGAGCCUCCGCCCCGCGGCGCCCGCGGCUCGCCACGGCCUCCCGGGUGCUCUGAGCGCGCGCUCCCGGCCCGGCCCUCGUCCCCCGCGGCCCUCGCCCCGCGCUCGCCCCGGCCCGGCCCGGCCCAGCCAUGCCGCCGCCGCCCGGGCCCGCCGCCGCCCUGGGCACCGCGCUGCUGCUGCUCCUGCUGGCCUCCGAGUCCGCGCACACCGUGAUGCUGCGGGCGCGCGAGGCGGCGCAGUUCCUGCGGCCCCGGCAGCGACGCGCCUACCAGGUCUUCGAGGAGGCCAAGCAGGGCCACCUGGAGAGGGAGUGCGUCGAGGAGCUGUGCAGCCAGGAGGAGGCCCGCGAGGUGUUCGAGAACGACCCCGAGACGGACUAUUUCUAUCCAAGAUACUUAGACUGCAUUAGUAAAUACGGAUCUCCGUACACAAAGAGCCCCGACUUCGUUUCGUGCGUUCAAAACCUGCCUGACCAGUGCUCUCCGAACCCCUGUGGCAAGGAGGGGACCCAGGCCUGCCAGGACCUCAUGGGCAACUUCUACUGCCAGUGCCGGGCUGGCUGGGGCGGGCGGCUCUGUGACAGAGAUGUCAACGAGUGCAGCCAGCAGAACGGGGGCUGCGGCCAGAUCUGCUCCAACAAGCCGGGCAGCUUCUACUGCGCCUGCUACAGCGGCUACGCGCUCGCCCCCGAUGGCAGGACCUGCCACGACGUGGAUGAGUGUGCGGAGGGGGGCUCCUGCGGGGAGGCCCACUGCAAGAACCUGCCGGGCUCCUACUCCUGCGUGUGCGACGAGGGUUACGUGUUCAGCUCCUCGGACAAGGCCUGCCGAGAUGUGGACGAGUGUGCCGAGGGCCGCUGUGAGCAGGCCUGCGUCAACUCCCCGGGGGGCUACACCUGCCACUGUGACGGACGCGGAGGCCUCAAGCUGUCCCCGGACAUGAACACCUGUGAGGAUAUUUUGCCCUGCGUGCCUUUCAAUGUGGCCAAAAGCGUGAAGUCUUUGUACCUGGGCCGCAUGUUCAGUGGGACGCCCGUGAUCAGGCUGCGCUUCAAAAGGCUACAGCCCACCAGGCUGGUCGCCGAAUUCGACUUCAGGACCUUUGACCCUGAAGGCGUCCUUUUCUUCGCUGGAGGCCGUCAGGACAGCGCCUGGAUCGUGCUGGGCCUGCGGGCCGGCCGGCUGGAGCUGCAGCUCCGCUACCAUGGUGUCGGCCGCGUCACCAGCAGUGGGCCUGUCAUCAACCACGGCAUGUGGCAGACGAUCUCUGUGGAGGAGCUGGAUCGGAAUCUGGUCGUCAAGGUGAACAAAGAUGCGGUCAUGAAGAUCGCGGUGGCCGGGGAUCUGUUUCAGCUGGACAGGGGGCUGUACCACUUGAACCUGACCGUGGGAGGCAUUCCCUUCAAGGAGAGAGACCUGGUACAGCCUAUAAACCCCCGUCUGGACGGCUGCGUGAGGAGCUGGAACUGGCUCAACGGUGAAGACACCACCAUCCAGGAGACGGUGAAGGCCAGCCCCAAGAUGCAGUGCUUCUCUGCCACCACGCGAGGGUCCUUCUACCCUGGGACCGGGUUUGCCUUCUACAGCCUGGACUUCGCUCGGACCCCCGUGGACGCCGGCACGGACACAACCUGGCAGAUAGAGGUCAAGGCUCGGAUCCGCCCUGCCACGGACACAGGUGUGCUGCUCGCGCUGGUGGGCGGUGACCACGUGGUGGCCCUGUCCGUGGCCCUGGUUGACUACCACUCCACCAAGAAGCUCAAAAAGCAGAUGUGCCCGCCUGGCCCACGCCCCUGGGAGAUUCAGGCUGAGCCCUGAGGCAGGGGCCCGCAGAUCCCCGGCCCCGCACAGCCAGCCAAGCCAACACCCGCUGUGUGGAACCCACAGUUUGCUCAGGGACAGCCAAGGGGCAGAGGAAGGAGCUUGUACGCACCAGCCUCUGUCCGAAGUGGGCAGGCCUGCUGGCCAGGAGUGUGUGUGGACAGCGGCUGGCCUGCCCCCUGCUAGUGCUGCGCGAGGCUCCCCAGACUGGUCUGGUCCCCAAGACCGCAGCAGACGCCCCUCCACGGAGCACCGGUCCACACACCAUGUGCACCUGUGGGCAAACGGCACUCCCGAAGGGCGCUGCCGACCCUCCCAGGGCACGGAGAGUGAACGGCACUGGGCCAGCUGCCCUGCGGUGUCCGUCUCCUGCUGUCUGGCUGUGUGUCUGUCCCCUGCUGUGUGUCCGUUCCCUGCUGUGUGUCCGUCCCCUGCUGUGUGUCCGUCCCCUGCUGUCGGGCUGUGUGUCCGUCCUGUGUUUCUGGCCCCCGUUAUCAGAGGUGAGUUCUGUCUGGCAUGAACACCCAGUGCGUGUGGCCGUCUGUCUCCUGGGAUGUUGGCCUUUCUGGCCCCGCACUGCCAGCCCCUCUGUUCUGGCUUGGUAGCAUUUUGACGUGAAGUGGCCGCGUCCUGUGUUCCGGAUCACAGAUAAUUGGGCAGCAUAGACCCUGAGAUGGCUGCAGAGUGCAGUGCCCCGGCGCCUGGGAUGACACUGCUGUCCCCACUGUUCUCUGUCUACCUUGCACACGUGGAAGCUGAGCCUCACCCCCGUGCACACGGGAAGCAGAGACCCGGCCCUAGGAGGCCCUGCCCCCACGGAGGGCUCAGGGGGCAGGGGGACGGGGCAGGAGGCCCUCGUGCUCAGGUGCGCGUCUCC